AUGUUCAAAAACUUCAAGGACAAACAUGCCAACUUUUUCGAAUCCAAGCAAUCCAAUGCAUCAGCAUCAGCCAGCGACCGCGGCCAAGACCUGACGUCAAUCCUAGACCGGUCGCAGCGCGCUGACCUCACAGUACUUGUGGCCGAGAUUGUGGAAUCAAUGAGAAUUAAAAUUCUCGAAAUUUUCGACAAUUCAAAUGAGAGCCCGGAAAACAAUUCGAACGCGGCUCAGAUCCCGACAAAUGAUGAGCAUGGUGAUGAGGCCAGGCCAUCUCUACCUCCUAGGCCGCAACGUGAUUCUGAUUCACCGCAGGCAGAUGAUAAAAUCCCCCAGCCUUCUAAAUCCGUCAUUAAAAAGGAAGCGUCAAAAGUCCGAGAAAAGAAAAGCGCGCUCUCCCAUUUUGAGGAUUGGAGAGAUUCUGUCCUGCUACGAAUCGGCGAGGUGGUCAAUAAAGACGAUGAAGGCCAAACGCAAAACAAGGAGGACCCUAUUGCAGAGUCAGACGAGCUUCCUUUGGACGAAGAUUUCGAGCGAAUGCACAAACUUGCUGAGAUCUAUCAUCCUGUUGAAUCUCCAUUAGCACAGCUGCCCAAGGCAAAACGGCUACUGAUUCUACAUUCUCUACUUUUGCUAUUGCUCAGUCUACAACAUUACAAUGCCUAUUCACGCGUCUUGAUGCUCCACGUUGCAUCCAGUCUCAGCAUAGAUGUUAAUAUUCUGAACGAAAACGAAACAAAGGUAGCUCGUGGACUUCUCGAUACAGCGUUGGCGCUAUCCUCAGACUCUGAAGCCAAACAACCUAAGAAAAGCGACGAUUCCCGUAAAUGGAAAGUCGGCAUUGCAUCAGUAGCCGGCGCCGCGUUGAUUGGUCUUACUGGCGGUCUAGCCGCACCAUUGGUAGCUGCAGGUCUUGGAACGAUCAUGGGCGGACUUGGUCUGGGAGCAACUGCCGCUGCUGGAUAUCUCGGUGUAUUGGCUAGUAGCAGUGUGAUUGUUGGCGGGCUUUUCGGUGCUUACGGAGGCCGUAUGACCGGUCGUAUGAUGGAUAAGUAUGCACGGGAAGUGGAGGACUUUGCCUUUAUCCCAGCCCGGGGGUCUCGCAAGCGAAUAUUGAAAGAAAAGGAUGCCGCUCAGCAGGAUCAUCGGCUGCGAGUCACUAUCGGCGUCACUGGCUGGGUCAAGGAGGAAUCGGACUUUGUCGUUCCUUGGAGAGUUAUUGGACCUGAUUCGGAGGUCUUCGCCCUGCGCUGGGAGACAGAAACCUUGAUGAAUCUCGGGAAUGCAAUUUCUUCACUGGUAACUAGUGCGGCAUGGUCUGUCGCAGGAAGAGAGGUCCUGGCCCAUACCGUUUUCUCUGCACUCCUCAGCGCCGUCAUGCUGCCAAUGGGUCUCAUGAAAGUUGCACGGGUCGUUGACAACCCUUUCAGCGUUGCAAAGGCACGAGCCGACAAAGCGGGUGAAGUGCUGGCAGACGCAUUAAUUAGUAAGGCGCAGGGUGAGAGGCCUGUCACCCUUAUCGGGUACUCUCUGGGGUCUCGGCUUAUCUUUGCGUGCCUUCAGAAUCUAGCGAAGAGACAAGCAUACGGGCUAGUUGAAUCUGUCAUUUUAAUGGGAUCACCAACACCAUCCGACGCCGAAUACUGGCACCGUAUUCGCAGUGUCGUGAGCGGCCGAAUUGUCAAUGUUUUCUCGGAGAAUGAUUCUGUCCUCGCUUUUCUAUAUCGCACCAGCAGUCUUCAACUAGGCGUCGCAGGUCUACAAAAGGUUGAGAAUGUUCAGGGUGUUGAAAACAUAGACGUGAGCGAGAGUAUCAGCGGCCAUCUUCGGUACCAAUUCUUGCUUGGAAAGAUUAUUUCCUCAAUCGGGCUUCAAGACAUCGAUGCAAAGGAGGUGGAGCGCGAAAUUGCUGCUCUCGCUAUUGAAGACAAGAAGCAGGAGGAUGAGCGUCUCCAUAAUGAAGAGAAAGCAGGUGUGAAAGAUCGAGAUUCUUCCGCUGCACGUGAGGCUGUCAACAAGGAAGAUGGGUUUGAUGAAGGGGCGCGGAUGCAGAAGCAGGUGGAUACCCAGACUGGGGAAAACAUGGCACAUCGAAUCCAGAUGCUGGAUCUAGAUGACGAAGACUACUCUGCGCCACUCCCAGAUCAGCCUGGAAAGCAUUCGGCUCUUUAA